AUGAACAAGAUGAAGAACUUUAAACGCCGCUUCUCCCUGUCAGUGCCCCGCACCGAGACCAUCGAGGAGUCCUUGGCCGAAUUCACAGAGCAGUUCAACCAGCUCCACAACCGGCGGAACGAGGACCUGCAGCUCGGUCCUCUCGGUAGAGACCCCCCGCCAGAGCCCAGCACCUUCUCCCCCACAGACAGCGGGGAGGAGCCCGGGCAGCUGUCCCCUGGCCUGCAGUACCGGCGGCAGAGCCAGCGCCGCUUCUCCAUGGAGGACAUCAGCAAGAGGCUCUCUCUGCCCACGGACAUCCGCCUGCCCCAGGAAUUCCUGCAGAAACUGCAGCUGGGGAGCCCAGACCUGCCCAAGCCGCUCAGCCGCAUGUCCCGCCGCGCCUCCCUGUCAGAUAUUGGCUUUGGGAAACUGGAAACAUACGUGAAACUGGACAAACUGGGGGAGGGCACCUACGCCACCGUCUUCAAAGGACGCAGCAAACUGACGGAGAACCUGGUGGCCUUGAAGGAGAUCCGGCUAGAGCAUGAGGAGGGGGCGCCCUGCACAGCCAUCCGAGAGGUGUCUCUACUGAAGAACCUGAAGCAUGCCAAUAUCGUGACCCUGCACGACCUCAUCCACACAGAUCGGUCCCUCACCCUGGUGUUUGAGUACCUGGACAGUGACCUGAAGCAAUAUCUGGACCACUGCGGAAAUCUCAUGAGCAUGCACAAUGUCAAGAUUUUCAUGUUCCAGCUGCUCCGGGGCCUCGCCUACUGCCACCGUCGCAAAAUCCUUCACCGGGACCUGAAACCCCAGAACCUGCUCAUCAACGAGAGGGGGGAGUUGAAGCUGGCCGACUUUGGACUUGCCCGGGCCAAGUCAGUGCCCACAAAGACCUACUCCAAUGAGGUGGUGACCCUAUGGUACAGGCCCCCUGAUGUGCUGCUGGGGUCCACGGAGUACUCCACCCCCAUCGACAUGUGGGGCGUGGGCUGCAUCCACUACGAGAUGGCCACGGGGAGGCCUCUCUUCCCGGGCUCCACGGUCAAGGAGGAGCUGUACCUCAUCUUCCGCCUCCUCGGGACCCCUACAGAAGAGACGUGGCCCAGGGUGACAGCCCUCUCCGAGUUCCGAGCCUACAACUUCCCCCGCUACCUCCCGCAGCCGCUCAUCAGCCACGCGCCCAGGUUGGAUCCUGAAGGCAUCAACCUCCUGACCAGCCUCCUGCUGUAUGAAUCCAAGUGUCGGGUGUCAGCAGAGGCUGCCCUGAGUCACCCCUACUUCCGGUCUCUGGGAGAACGUGUGCACCAGCUGGAAGACACUGCCUCCAUCUACUCCCUGAAGGAGAUCCAGCUCCAGAAGGACCCAGGCUACCGCAGCCUGGCCUUCCAGCAGCCAGGACGAGGGAAGAGCCGGAGGCAGAGCAUCUUCUGAGCAGUGCCCGCCCCCCCCUGCUAUGGCCCGAGGGAUGAGAGGUCACAUCAAGCACAAAUUCGGGUAGGCUGGGGCCUAUGGGGCCUCGGAGGACUGAGGAACGAGGGCUGAUGGCCGUCCUGGAAGACCACCUGGCAGCCCUGCUGGCCACGGCUGAUCCUGCUUCCCACAUACCACCCUGGUGUCCUUCUCCUUGGGCUGGGUGUAGGCUGCUUCCCUGAGAGGAGAAGGGAGGGACUUGGGCCCCGCUCACAACCCCGAAGUGCUCGGGCACCAGUGUGGGACCCACAUGGACAGGAGCAUCCAGGUGCCAUGUCCUGGAUGCAGGCUCCACCUGCCUCUCCCAGGGCCUGCCUCCUCACCAGUUUGGUGGACCCCCUUUCUGACCCCUGGAGCCCACACAUGUGUCACCUUCUUCCCUUCUGAGAGCAAAAAAGGGACAUGGCACCUUGUCUAAGACCCUGGAGUCUUGGGUGCCCACAUGUGUGCCAAAGCCCACCUCUCAGCUGAGGGCCAUUGUCCCUGGAGCAACAGAGGGAAUAGGGGCCCCAUCUCCUCUUCUCAGCACCCCUCUGCUCUUGGUCCCUUCCUUGCCAAAGGCCCCUGUGCCCUCCGGCUUGAACCGAUGCUAGGUGGCACCGGUGUGCUGCCGUAUCCCCAGCUGUGUCCCAAGGUGGCCUGGUACCACCAGCUGCACUCCUGCCACUUUGACCAGCCCCACCAUGUCCCUGGUGUGAAUGGAGUUGCCUUAACCUGGCAGGGGGUAGAGCACUCACUGCCCUUGGAGCUCUGACCCGGCUCCUACCUGUCCCCCCUUCCCAAGCGUGGCUCCAGCUUCUCUUAUCGUCCCCGAGUGCUGAUAAGCCAGCCCUGAGUCCCGAGGACGGCACUCAGAUAUGCAGGGUCACCCUGACACUGGUGCCAGUCUGGACUCGGCUCCUUGGGGCUGGCACAGCCUCUCUUGUCCCCUCCCUCUCAGCCUUUGGCUCUGUCCACCUGAUCCUGGUACCAGCCUCCCCAGAGGGUGGUCACAACAGGGAGGGGUGUAGAUGCUGCAGCCUGAGAUGGAGGAAGGUGAGACAGGAACAGGCUUUGAUCCCAAGAGCCCACUCCUGGGGACUGGGAGCCCGAGGGGCCAUGGCCUCUGAGGACGGCACCGCUCACCACCCCAACUCAGCACCCUCUUGUGUCCCCACGGUCUCCUCAACACUUGGCUGAGUCUGGAAUGACAAGGGCUGAGGGGAGGCCGGGCCCUGCCCCUCCACACAAGCCCCCUGCCCAGCGCAGCCUCCUUGGCCUGAGGCGCCGCCCGGACUCUCAGGCUUCCCCAGCCCUCCCCCACUGUACUGUGAAUGUCCUGUGACUCAGCACAAAGACAGAUAAUAUAUUUAAUUCAUGUUGUACAGUAAGGAAUGAGCAGUCUCGUGCAGAAAAGCUGAUUUUGAUAGAUUGAUACCAAAGAUGGAGACCCAGAGGCCCUUCACCAGGCCAGUGAGCGCAGGUGGGGCUCGCUUCUAUCUAUAGAUCUAUAAAGUGGAGAGAGAGUUUG